UCUUUUACUACACUUUUUAUGAGAACAAGAUAUUUUCUAGGAAGAUGGUGGCAGAAAAAGAGACCCUGAGCUUAAACAAAUGCCCAGACAAGAUGCCGAAGAGGACUAAGCUGCUGGCACAACAGCCUCUCCCGGUGCACCAGCCUCACUCCCUGGUUUCUGAGGGCUUCACAGUCAAAGCCAUGAUGAAAAACUCAGUCGUGAGAGGCCCUCCAGUUGCAGGGGCAUUUAAAGAAAGACCAACCAAGCCCACGGCAUUUCGGAAAUUCUAUGAGAGAGGUGACUUCCCAGUUGCCCUUGAGCAUGAUUCGAAAGGAAACAAAAUCGCCUGGAAGGUAGAAAUUGAGAAGCUGGAUUACCAUCAUUACCUGCCUCUGUUUUUUGAUGGGCUUUGUGAAAUGACAUUUCCCUAUGAGUUUUUUGCUCGGCAAGGAAUCCACGACAUGCUGGAACACGGUGGGAACAAGAUACUACCUGUCCUUCCACAGCUCAUUAUCCCGAUAAAAAAUGCCUUGAACCUUCGAAACCGACAGGUCAUCUGUGUCACUCUCAAGGUCCUCCAGCAUCUAGUUGUGUCAGCUGAGAUGGUGGGCGAGGCCUUGGUGCCCUAUUACCGUCAAAUCCUCCCCGUCCUGAACAUCUUUAAGAAUAUGAAUGGCCCCAUCCGACCAGCACGAGAGCUCGUGAGGCCGAACCCAAGACCUGGAAAUCAGAAGUCCAGUGUACUAUGGGAGCUGUACGGAUCUAAUUUAGGACUCCAUGAAAUACUGCCUCACUUCUCAAUACAUCUGUCCUCUGAAGGCCGGUGAGUGGCGUCAUCCUGUGCCCUCCUGACUGGUGCCACCUGCUGAUCUCUUCAGCCAUGGAACCAUACUCAUUCUAGCAUCUGACUCAGAAGCCCCUCUCCAUCUUCCGUUUCUCAUCAUCCGAGGUGACCUGGUGUCCUUAUGGAAGACAACUCUGAAUUCUUCCUUGACCUCUUCAGCUCUACUGGUCGCGUUGGCAUCACUUCAGCCACCCAGACCCACGGCCUCACUUUGGACCUCAGGAGGACCUCACCCCAGAAUAUUCAGCUUCGACAUCCUUCUCUCUGACCAUAAUUUCUUAGCCUUUGUCUCUAAAAUACGCCUUCCCCGCUGUUUCCUCACCCGGGUCUUUCUCAUCUGUGGGUCCUUUUCUUGCCUCAGUUUCUCCCCUCUCCAGGCUGGGUCACAAGGUUGAUCACCAGGACUGAAGGAGACCUCCUGCCUGCCCCCCACCACCCUGUAAGGUGAGGGAUGAGGGGCGGGCAGUGGAGCUGAUGGAGGAAGGAGAACAGGAUUCUCUGAGGAGCUGCUUCAGGCUGAGAUCCCGUCCUCUGAGGAUGCACUGGUGUCAGGGUUGGAAGAGGGUGUGCCUGUGUGUCCCUGCUGUCCUGAAGAGAGUGCCCCAGGGCACAUGAGGGCCAUCCUGCCCCUCCAAGCUUCAGCCCCUGGCUUAUCCAUGGUACCUCUAGAUCUCACUCCAGCUCUCAUCCCCCUUCCCUUCCUGGGAUUUUCCCUGCCAGCAUCGUCCAGUCCCUAAGCCUGUCCAUGGCACUCUGCUCACUGCCAUCUGGGCCACCAGCCAGCACCUCAGCGGACCCUUCAGCGAUCCGUGGGGUGGGCUCUGCCUUGGUCUCUCCUGGUCUGAUGCCAGCCCAGCCACUUCAUUUCCUGCUAGGGGAGCUCUCUUCAGCUCCCACGUUGGUCCAAAUUGGUCUGGUCUCUUCUAGGCUUCAGAGCCGGUACACAAAGAACAAAGGCCAGUUAGUCUCCAACUCCGCAAUUAUUCAAAGUUCAGGCUUUAAAACGCAGAGAUUUUUCUGCUUCAUCUACCCACAGCUCAGCAACUGUAUUUCUACACCUAUUGUUAUUCUAUUUCUGUUCCUAAUUGCUAUUGUAGAAAACCGUGCCUAGCUGAAGCUUCGGGAGUUGCCAAUCUGUGGGCUCCCUUCAAAUGUAAAUGUAUUAUGCAAAUGUCUUCUGCGGCUGGGAGCGGGAUCCUGUGGUCUUCCCUGGGUAGAGACGGGGCAGAAUACUGCUGGGAUGGCUGGGAAACAAGACAAUCUGCUGCUCUCGUUAUUUAAACGUUCACUGUUCUGAGAUGGUUUCCUGUCUCCAACUUCCUCUCCCGCUCUAGCAGCUGAAUUUAAAAUACUUGCUACAGAACCCUGCUUCUUCCGGGCAGGGAACACUGCCACUUAACCCUUCCAUGCGGGUUCCCUGUGGGGGCACAGCGUGUGGGCCAGCUGCACCUCUCCCAGGGUCUCAGGACCAUGUCGGUAAGGUAGAUGCUAUUAGAAUCUAGGAACCUUUUUUUUUUAAAUAUGGAAGACCACCCAUCUAAAUAAUGCAUUGAAAUGGAUCCGUUGUCUUUGUUUGCAAAACCUUAAAGUGUCAGUGCUGGUGGAGACCUUACCAUUCCAAGCAAAGUUUGAAUCCUUCCAAAACCGGCCACUAAGUCAAUACAAAUGUUGUUUUCCAGGAGUUGUUGGUCCCUUCAGGAGAGCUCCUUCUCUCCCCCAUCUGUCUUCCCGGCUCCCCCCUCCCCUGUUCCUGAGCCCAGACCUGCCCUCUGCUUCCGCUGCCCUCAGCUCAGCUGCCCAUCAUCAUGCGAGGCAGGUGCUGGAUUUUCUUUUCUCUUUAUUUAAUUGUACUUUAAGUGCUGGGAUACACGUGCAGAGGAUGGAGGUUUGCUACAUAGCCACACAUGUGCCAUGGAGGUUUGCUGCACCCAUCAACCCGUCAUCAGGGCUCUAAACCCCACAUGCAUUAGGUAUUUGUCCUAAUGCUCUCCCUCCCCUUGCCUUCCUCCCCAGGUACUGGAUUUUCACUGUCCUGAGAUUUUCACUCUCCCUCAAGCCCUCCUCACCGACCUCCCAUUAUCCUCAGCAGCAAUUUGGUCCAAAGAAAGUUCUCAGCUUCUCAAUGAACAAGCCCUCAAAUUCAUGAGCUCCUUGACUCAGUGCUUGCACUGUGCUGAGCCAGGCACUCACAGGACACUCGACCCUGCUGGCUGGGGCCCCACAUCUGUGGGUCUGACAAAAUGCAGAUCUGAAAUAUUUGAGGGGGAGCAAGCCUGUACUGAACAUAUGUAGAAUAUUUUUCUUAUCAUUGUUCCCUAAACAAUAAAGUAUAACAACUAUUUACAUAGCAUUACAUUGUGUUAGGUGUGAUAAGUAAUAUUGAGAUGACUUAAAGAAUACCGAAGGUUUUGCAUGGGUUAUACGCAAAUACUGCACGAUUUGGUAUCAGGGACCUGAGUUUCCGUGGAUUUUAGAAUCAGCUGGAUUCCCGGAACGAAUUCCCCAGGAAUA